AUGAGCCUGAAUCGUACCAAGCGGACCAGCUCCGGCGGCUCGGUCCGGAGGCUGAGCGGCUUCGGCGGCGGCUCUCUGUACGCCGGCUCCAACGGGCCCCACCACCACCAGCACGGCCCGGGGGCCCCGCUGGCCCCCCUGGCCCCCCUGGCCCCCCUGGCCCCCCUGUCCGUCAACAGGAGCCUGCUGGCCCCCCUCAACCUGGAGAUCGACCCCGGGCUGACCAUGAGCCGGGCCCACGAGAAGGAGCAGAUCAAGAGCCUCAACAACCGCUUCGCCACCUUCAUCGACAAGGUCCGCUUCCUGGAGCAGCAGAACAAGAUGCUGGAGACCAAGCUGGACCUGCUGCAGGCUCAGGGGGUGGGCCGGUCCAACGUGGAGCCCCUGUUCGAGGCCUACCUGGCGGGUCUGCGGCGCCAGAUGGACCUGGUCCACAACGACAGGACCAAGCUGGACGGGGAGCUGAGGAACAUGCAGGGCCUGGUGGAGGACUACAAGCACAAAUAUGAAGAAGAGAUCAACAAGAGGAACAACCUGGAGAACGACUUUGUGAUCCUGAAGAAGGACGUAGACUCGGCCUACAUGGUGAAGGCCGACCUGGAGGAUAAAGUCGGAGCUCUGACGGAUGAAAUCAACUUCCUGCGUAACGUCUACGAGGAGGAGCUGCGAGAGCUGCAGGCCGGCAUCAAGGACACGUCGGUGGUGCUGCAGAUGGACAACAGUCGCAGCCUGAACAUGGAGAGCAUCGUGGCCGAGGUCAAAGCUCAGUACGAGGACAUCGCAGCCCGGAGCCGGGAGGAGGCCGAGGCCUGGUACAAGAGCAAAGUGGACCAGAUGUCGGUGCAGGCGAGUCAGUACGGAGACGAGCUCCGCCUCGUGAAGGGAGAGGUCGCCGAGGUCAACCGCCUGAUCAGCCGCCUGCAGAGCGAGAUAGAGGCUGUGAAAGCUCAGCGUGGCGGUCUGGAGAACCACCUGAUUGAGGCCGAGGAACGUGGAGAGCUGGCUGUGAAAGAGGCCAAAGCCCGGACCAGAGACCUGGAGGAGGCUCUGCAGAGGGCCAAACAAGACAUGGCCCGGCAGCUCCGAGAGUACCAGGACCUGAUGAACCUGAAACUGGCUCUGGACAUCGAGAUCGCCACCUACAGGAAGCUGCUGGAGGGAGAAGAGGACAGACUUGGACAUCAGUCCAUCCUCAACAUCAGGACCUUCUCCAACUCCAGUACAAAAAGUACUAACGGUUACCAUAGCGCCAGCAGCUCUGCUGCUCCAAAGCUGCUGAUAAAGACGACCGAGACCAGAAACAGCUCCCGAUACAGCUCCCACUGA